CUGCUCUGCGGCUCACAGUGAGUAAGGCGGCGCGGCUGUCGGCAGCUGCACCCGGAGCCGGGCGCGGGCGGUGAGGAUCGGCAGGCCAGCGGAGCCAACACUCCCUCCCACUCCUAGUGCCGCAGCUCAGGGGCCGGGGAAAGUUAAGUCGUUUAGAACAAAGUUAGGUCGUCUCGAACUGCAGAGGUGCUGGGAGAUAGCGCGGGUGGGGUGUCCUGCAUCUCACCUGCCGGCGUCAGAAGUGGUACCCCUGAGGCUGGGCCGCUGAGCUGUUCACACUACCUGGUGAGCAGUGAAGAGGAAACAUGGAAAACACAAGCAGUCCUUUUUAGGGGUAUGAGCUGGAGAUAAUGUAUAUCACAAAGCCAUACUGAGCAGCUCCAUGAGGUUUUCCUAUUGUGAAUAAAUCAUGGAAAAUCAACUGGCUAAAUCAGUUGAAGAACGAACGUUUCAGUACCAGGAUUCUCUUCCAUCACUGCCUGUUCCUUCCCUUGGAGAAUCAUUAAAAAAAUACCUUGAAUCAGUAAAGCCAUUUGCAAAUGAAGAAGAAUAUAAGAAAACUGAAGAAAUAGUCCAAAAAUUUCAAAAUGGAGUUGGAGAAAAAUUGCACCAGAAAUUACUGGAAAGGGCAAAAGGAAGAAGAAAUUGGGUAUUUACUUUACUGGAAGAAUGGUGGCUGAAUGUUGCUUACCUGGAUGUUCGUAUACCAUCACAGCUAAAUGUCAACUUUGUCGGUCCUUCUGCCCAUUUUGAACACUAUUGGCCUCCAAAGGAAGGGACCCAGUUAGAAAGAGGAAGUAUAAUCCUUUGGCAUAACUUGAACUACUGGCAGCUGAUAAGAAAAGAAAAACUGCCUGUUCAUAAAGUUGGAAAUACUCCUCUAGAUAUGAAUCAAUUUCGAAUGCUGUUUUCUACCUGCAAGGUUCCAGGAAUUAAUAGAGAUUCACUUAAGAACUAUUUUAGGACUGAGAGUGAAGGGCAUUCCCCAAGUCACAUUGCAGUGUUGUGUCGGGGCCGAAUUUUUGUCUUUGAUGUAAUACAUGAAGGAUGUUUGAUCACCCCACCAGAGCUUCUCAGACAACUGACAUACAUCUACAAGAAGUGCCAUAGUGAACCUGAUGGACCUGGAAUACCAGCACUAACUAGCGAGGAGCGAACCCGAUGGGCUAAGGCACGAGAAUAUCUGAUUGGCCUUGAUCCAGAGAACUUGACUUUGUUAGAAAAAAUUCAGAGCAGUUUAUUUGUGUAUUCUAUAGAAGAUGGCAGUCCACAUAUUACACCAGAAGAUUAUCGUCAGGUACUUUCAGUGCUCCUUACUGGAGAUCCAACACUACGCUGGGGUGACAAAUCGUAUAACUUAAUUUCAUUUUCUAAUGGAGUAUUUGGCUGUAAUUGUGAUCAUGCUCCUUACGAUGCAAUGGUUAUGGUAAAUGUGGCCUAUUAUGUUGAUGAGAGAAUUUUAGAGACAGAAGGAAGAUGGAAGGGGUCAGAAAAAGUACGGGAUAUCCCACUUCCAGAGGAGCUUGUUUUCACCGUGGACGAAAGAGUAUUAAAUGAUAUCAGCCAAGCUAAAGACCAGUAUCUCAAAGAGGCAUCUAAUCUGCAGAUUGCAGCAUAUGCCUUUACUUCUUUUGGCAAAAAGCUAACCAAGAAGAAGAGGCUUCACCCAGAUACAUUUAUUCAGCUUGCUCUUCAGCUGGCCUAUUACCGACUUCAUGGACGCCCUGGUUGCUGCUAUGAAACAGCUAUGACAAGAUAUUUUUAUCAUGGCCGUACAGAGACUAUGCGAUCAUGUACAAUAGAGGCAGUCAGUUGGUGCCAGUCCAUGCAAGAUCCUUCUACUGGUCUUCUUGAGCGGCAGGAAAAGAUGUUACAGGCUUUUGCAAAGCAUAAUAAAAUGAUGAAAGAUUGUUCAGCUGGAAAAGGAUUUGACCGUCAUCUUUUAGGUCUUUUACUCAUAGCAAAAGAGGAAGGUCUCCCUGUUCCAGAGCUCUUUACAGACCCACUUUUCUCCAGAAGUGGAGGAGGUGGAAAUUUUGUUCUCUCAACAAGUCUGGUUGGUUAUUUACGAGUCCAGGGAGUAAUGGUUCCCAUGGUGCAUAAUGGAUAUGGAUUUUUCUACCAUAUCAGAGAUGACAGGUUUGUUGUGGCCUGUUCAGCCUGGAAAUCAUGUCCGGAGACUGAUGCAGAAAAACUAGUUCAGCAGAUCUUUCGUGCUUUCCAUGAUAUGAUACAGUUGAUGAACACUGCUCAUCUUUAGAGACUAAGCACUUACUAAAAAAUUUAUCAUUAAACUGGUACCGAGAGUAGACUAGGGAUAUGAGAUGGUAAAUGUAGAAAUUAAGUAGAACCAUGCUUUCAUUCUACCACAGAAGGUAGUAAAUUUGAAGCUUCCUCUGAUGCAGCAACAAUGCAAAUUAUAAUUGUGAUAUAGAACUAUGCAAUGUUUAAGAUAAG